AUGCUCCGCCACGAUGGUCAACUAAGUUACUUGUUCCCUCUUCUCUCACUUUCAUGCAUCUCCAACCAAGUCAGAUCCCUCCGAGGUGCAGACGAGAGAGAACUCCGUUGGAUUGACGACUAUAAAGGCAUCGUCAGGUUCAAACUAAAGUCCCAAUUUCCAUGGGGCUGGGUGAUCUACCGAACUUCAUACAGUGAUGAGAAGGCAUGGCAGAGAAUGAAGAGCCUUAUACAUAAUGAGUUAAUGGACAGCCUUAAAAUAAGCAAGCGAAUGGAUUUGCUUCUUUUCAAUGAGACGAUAUAUAUGGAUGACAAGGCUAAAUUUGAGGGCGCCACGUCGCAUGAUAUCCGUGAUCACUUUAAUAACUGGGUUGCUGAUACCUUGACGGAGCAAAUGGACACUACACCUUCUGAACAGCAGGAGUUGCGCGAUCCCUGUAAGAAUGAAUCUUUUAUAACGUGGUCUCUUGGCACUCGAUAUAACUUCUGUCUCUUUGUUGAUGAUAUCUGUCUGGAAUCAUUAGACCAUAUGAGAUGGCCAGUUAUUAAGGUGCUUGCCAAAAACUUCGGUAUGCGAGGCCCGGGCGAUAGAGAUUAUAUAGUACACCCGGGCUGGGAGGACGGCGAAACAGAAGAGGGAGAGGAAGAGGUUGGCUGGAUGUAUACCGAAGUCUUGGAGCUUGUCUCAUUCUAUAACACUUUGAUGAGAAUAGAGCCUUGGUACUACCGGUACUGUCGACCACCUUCAAUGUUUCCCCCCUUUGAUAAAAGCAAGUUUCCAGGUCACUGGCGCAAGCCCUAG